UUUCGAUGAUUUGGUUUGUAUCGAAUAAGUCCCCUCCACAGUGGCGGAUGUACAAAUAUCACACUACUGAUAACGAAACAACAACGUGAUUGUAAUCAGUUGCUACAAAGAUCCUCACCGGGAAAGAAGUAAAACUUUGUAAUAUAAAUUGAAAAUAUGGAUUCAGCCAUUUCAGAGAUACUCAAUGCACUGGCUAUUCUGGCCGACGAUAAAAAUAUCACGUUGACCAUCAAGGAGGCCGGCAAGGGAGCUGCCAUUUGUGCUGGCGCUGCGCUGAUCGGAGGACUACUGCUGGGCCCCCGGGGACUGGCACUGGGCGGAGCCAUCGGUGGUCUCACCGCCUACGGACUUACGGAGGGAAAAUUCAAGUCUCUGAGUGAAGUCAUUUUGAACGAUUUGACGGAGAGACAGCGUCGAGAACUGGAGCAGCGGAUCAGGGCCAUAUCCGAAGUUAGAAAUGUCCGCGUUCGAGAUGUCGCAAAACUAAUACUAAAUAACCGGCAUGUGCAAGAGGUUGCACUCGAAGCAGUCAAGUCCUAUAUCACAGAUCGUAUGGGAAUGACCAUCGUUGAUUGAGCAUCACUAGAAAUAUUUGUUCAAACUAUAUUUCUCGAUGAUUGUUGCUGUAACAGAGUAUUUUGGCUG